CCACAUCUCUCUCUCUCUCUCUCUCUCUCUCUCUCUCUCACUACAUAUAUAUACAGGGAUUCGCAUAUAUACAUAUUCUCUUUCUACAUGUACUGUGUUUCGGAGUCCGAUCGCUUCUUUAUUUGAUAUAUUCAAACUAUUUGCUUGCCUUGAAAAGUUGAAGACUUGCGGACAAAUCCAAUUCUCUCGCCCUCUGCUUCCUCUGCACUUCACUCUGAUUCUUUCAAGUGGCGAGAAUUGUAUGUUGUGGUUUGAUUUUGGUGGUUGGUUGUGAUAUUAUAGGAAAUGUAUGGAAAUGUCGAGGCAUGAACUGUAGACUUGAGAAAUGGGGUGUGUUUUGGGUCGGGAAAUCUCGUCCGGCAUAGUAUCUGAAGCAAAGGAAGAGAGGAGAGUUGAGAAUUAUGAGAAGAGGAGUAAAAAUACAAGUGUUGAGUCCACUGAGACUUUAGAGGUUUCAGGGGUAAGGAAGUUGGAUGCAGUAAAUGAUUCUGCUGAAGGUAAAGAUGCUGGCGGUGGGACUAAAAAGGAGGAAAGGAUAGAAGGUGAGGGAAGAUCAAAGGGCGAUAGGAGGCGGUCUAAGCCAAAUCCAAGAUUGAGUAAUCCCCCUAAGCACAAACAUGGUGAACAGGUUGCUGCUGGAUGGCCAUCCUGGCUUUCAGCUCACGUUGGGGAAGCAAUUGAGGGUUGGCUUCCUAGACGGGCUGACACUUUUGAGAAAAUUGAUAAGAUUGGUCAAGGAACGUAUAGUAAUGUAUAUAAAGCAAGGGACACUAUAACAGGGAAGAUUGUUGCUUUAAAGAAAGUGCGGUUUGACAAUUUGGAACCAGAGAGUGUGAGAUUCAUGGCAAGAGAAAUAAUCAUUUUGCGACGUCUAGAUCAUCCCAAUGUUAUCAAAUUGGAAGGUUUGGUUACUUCAAGAAUGUCAUGUAGUUUAUACCUAGUAUUUGAGUACAUGGAACAUGAUUUGGCUGGACUUGCUGCAAGUCCAGAUAUCAAGUUUUCUGAAGCCCAGGUGAAAUGUUAUAUGCAUCAGCUUUUGUCUGGUCUUGAGCAUUGUCAUAAUCGUCAUGUGCUCCAUCGUGACAUUAAGGGGUCAAAUCUUUUACUUGACAACUCAGGGAUACUCAGAAUAGCUGAUUUUGGAUUGGCUACUAUAUUUGAUCCUAACCAUAAACACCCUAUGACUAGUAGAGUGGUCACACUUUGGUAUAGACCACCUGAGCUUCUUUUGGGUGCAACUGAUUAUAGUGUGGGUAUUGAUUUAUGGAGUGCAGGAUGCAUUUUGGCAGAAUUAUUAGCCGGAAAGCCUAUUAUGCCUGGUCGUACAGAAGUAGAGCAACUACAUAAGAUAUAUAAAUUAUGUGGUUCACCAUCUGAUGAAUAUUGGAAAAAGUCUAAGUUACCAAAUGCAACAUUAUUCAAGCCACGAGAGCCAUACAAGCGAUGCAUUAGAGAGACAUUUAAAGAUUUUCCACCAUCAUCGCUGCCACUGAUCGAUACACUGCUUGCAAUUGAUCCAGCAGAACGCAGGACUGCAACCGAUGCGUUACGAAGUGAGUUCUUUACAACAGAACCUUAUGCUUGCGAUCCAUCUAUUCUACCAAAAUACCCUCCAACCAAAGAGAUGGAUGCAAAACGGCGUGAUGAUGAGGCUCGGAGGCUAAGGGCAGCUAAUAAAGCCCAGGGUGAUGGUACUAAAAGAACACGGCACCGCGACCGUGCUGUUCGUGCAAUUCCUGCGCCAGAUGCCAAUGCUGAACUUCAAGCUAAUAUUGAUCGGCGACGCCUCAUCACCCAUGCAAACGCAAAGAGCAAGAGUGAGAAGUUCCCGCCACCCCAUCAGGAUGGAGGACUUGGUGUUCCUUUGGGAGCUUCACAUCACAUCGAUCCUUCCCUUGUCCCUCCAGAUGUGCCUUUCAGUUCCACCUCAUUCACAUAUUCAAAGGAACCCGUCCAGAAUUGGUCAGGUCCUCUAGUAGAGCCUGCCACAGCUGGUGGUGGAAGGCGGAAGAAGCAUACUGCAACUGAUAUGCGGGAUGGGAAAAAACAAUCUGCAGGGAAAAGAAGAUAAAAUAGUGAUUGAUACUGCAUAUUACGAGAAGAGCUCAGCUUUGCCCCGGUGUUGUUUCCUCGGCUUAAUCAGGAAAACGAGGCUGGCCACAGCAGUAGAGCACCAAAUGCCUUGAAAAACUCCUCAGGAAAUCACCAAGGGCAUUUAGUUUGUCCAUCUGAUUAUGAUGAUUAUUAUGAAUUAUGAUUAUUAUUUAAUUUUUGUUCCUUUCACAAGUUGGAGAAAUCAAUCAAUCAAUCUGUUUGGAGUUGUCUGGUCAAUUUGUUUGGGAGGCAAGCCUAGCCUGCUUCCAUAUUUGAUGUUUCAAUAGCGUUGAAAAAUCAUAUCCUCCUUGUGUGCCUUCAGUUACUUUAAAUGUUUAGUAAGUUUUGAUCCCAA